UUUUGCCCAUAUUACCCCUUCCCCUUUUCUUCUAUUGUUGCAACUCUCUUAUCCUUCCUUUACCACCCCUCAAUUCUUCUACACCACCACUCUUUCUACUCAAUUUACAAGUAAUUCUCAAAUAUUUGUUGUUUUUUCUUUCUUGGGUUUGCUUAAUUCUCAAGUAGUUUUCAAAUAUUUGUUGUUUUUGCAUUCUUGGGGUUUGCUCAAUUCAGCUUUAUUUUCCCAUAAUUCCACAUUAGUCCUCUCCACAACCACUCUCUAUUUGGACUUGAUUUUCAAAUAUUUGUUGUUUUUUCUUUGUUGGGGUUGUUCAAUUCUGCUCUAUUUGCCCAUAAACACCACAUUUGUCCACUUUCAACUCAAUUUUCAAGUAAUUUCACAUAUUUGUUGUUUUUUCUUUGUUGGGGGUUUUUGCUUAAUUCAGCUCUAUUUUCUCAUAAAUCCCACAUUAGUCCUUCACCAGUCCACUACUCUUUCUACUUAGUUCUCAAGUAACUCUCAAAUAUUGGCUACUUUUUCAUACUUGGGGUUACUCAAUUCAACUCUAUUUGCCCAUAUUCUAUUUGUAUUUGGUUUUCAAGUAGUUUCUCCAAUUUUCUUGCUACUUAAAGAGUUUUUUCCCCUUUCUUGAUUUGUCAAGUAAUACCUCAUAUUUAUUACUCUUGUGUUGCUUAAUUGAGCUCUAUUUUCCCAUAAAUCCCAUCACCACUCUAUUUGUAUUUUACUCAACAAAAUUCUGUCUGCUUACUCACAACACUCAUCAACCAUCAGUCUUUUUUAGAACUUGAAAUUCCUCAUAUUUGUUGCUUGUCCAUUGUUGAACUGCACCUUUGUUCACUUGAACUAUACACCUGCAAUCUCUCAUUGUUGUGUCUGUGAUUUCUCAUAUUUGUUCCAUCUUCAUUGGUAUUCUUGAACUUGUUACUGUACUUCUAUGUCGACUUCAGCUGAAGGUAACGGAGCUAUAAUUGAUCCACAAAGACGACAACAACAACAACAACAACCUUCUGGUGGAGGUGGAGGAUCCAUUAAUGGUGCUUUAACAGUGAAAAAACCGCCAGUUAAAGACCGUCAUAGCAAAGUUGAUGGUAGAGGAAGACGUAUAAGGAUGCCAAUUGUAUGUGCUGCUAGAGUUUUUCAGCUCACCCGUGAACUCGGUCACAAGUCUGAUGGACAAACUAUUGAAUGGCUACUUCGUCAAGCUGAACCUUCAAUUAUAGCUGCUACUGGUACUGGUACAAUACCAGCUAGUUUCUCAACUGUAUCUGUUUCAGUACGGAACGGGUCUUCUUCAAUUAAUUCAUCAAUAACAGCUCCGCUUGAUCAGAAGCAUCAAUCACAGUUGAUUUCUCCAGGGGCACCGUUUAUACUGGGGAAGCGUCUCAGGGCGGACGAGGAAAGCCUGGAAAACGGAAACAAGGAUGAUAAUGUGGGUCCCACAGCUAAUGUAGCUGUGGGACCCACGACAGGGUUCUGGGCCGUGCCGGCUAGGCCGGAUUUCGGCCAAAUUUGGAGCUUCGCCGCCGCGGCGGCACCACCAGAAAUGAUGGUGCCAACAUCUGCGGCGGCGUUAAGCUCGCAGAGUUCGAGGUUUUUUCAGCAGCAAAUGGGAGAGGCUUCAGCUGCUAGGGUUGGGAAUUAUUUACCAAUGACUCAAGGGCAUCUCAAUUUACUAGCUUCCCUAUCAGGUCCGCCGCAGCCUUCUUCGGGGAGAAGAGAGGACGACGGGCGUUGAAGAUAUGAAUAUUUAUUAUUAUUAUUGUUGUCGUUGUCGUCGUUGUUAUUGUUGUUGUUGUUAAUAUAUCGUAUAAAUGUGUCUUAAUGUUCUUGUUUGUGUUAGAUGAGAAAUUGUUGUUAAAAUUUGGAAGUUUAGGUUCUAGUGAGUGAGAAUUUGAUGAAUUAUUGCUAGGAUUAGGGUGUUUGCUUUUAUCUCAUUUGUAGCUGUGGGAAGAUAACAAGAAACACAAGUAUAAUCAGGGGAAUUGCUGCUUGUGAUGAAUUUGGUGGGGUUUUUUUGCUAUUGAUGCAGAAGACCUUGACAUAAUAAGCUGUUUGAUCACUUUGUAACAAGAGAUAAUAGGGGAUCAGUGUGGACUAUGAAAACCUGUAGUUCCACAUGAAUGUUUUGUAAGGAAACCAUGGAGGUUUCCAUUGAAUUUAAUUCUGUAAUUUGUUGAAAAACUAUAUCAGUUGUGAGCUAAACUUUCCUACUCAAAAAGAGUGUCAUGGACUUUGUUUACUGAUGAA